UUACAAGACAUCUCAGUGUUGCUUCUGACUCUGCUGCGAAGCACUCAUGCUGAGGGACUACUCUUGAAGAAAUCACAAACGCUGCAUUUCAUAGUUUUUUUCUGUCUUUUCUUUAACUGUCAGACUGAAGGAUUACUCUUUGAGAACUGGCAAACGCUGUGUAUUAGUAUUUUUUUUCUGCUCCUGCAAAGAUCAGAGCACAGAUGGAGCUGAACUACAUUGUGUUUCUUCUGGUGUUGUGCUCCUUCAAUAAGCUGCUGGUGCUGGUGGUGGCGACCUCUGAGGAGCAUGUGAACCAUCGGGGUGAUCAGAUGUCCACGCGGUUCCAAAUUGCCACGGCCCAGUACGAAUGUUUCCAGCGUAUCAUGAAAGAGUCACACCGCACAUCAAAAACAAUAGCAGGCCCAGUGUGCAACACAACAUGGGAUGGAUGGCUGUGCUGGGAUGAAACUGAAGCUGGCCUCACAACAGAGCAGAGCUGCCCAGAAUAUUACGAUGACUUUGAUCCUCUUGCGGUGGCGUCCAAGGUCUGCACAGAGACGGGCGAGUGGGGACGCCACCCAGAGAGCAACAGGACGUGGACAAACUUCACAAACUGCAGAGCCAACACUACACAUCACAACACGCAGGCGGCAAUGACUCACUUCUACCUGGUUAUGAUUGGUCACGGACUGUCUCUGGUGUCUUUGUUCAUUUCAUUAGGGAUAUUCUUCCAUUUUAAGAGUCUGAGCUGCCAGAGAAUAACCCUCCAUAAAAACCUCUUUGUCUCAUUUGUGCUGAACUCGGUUAUCACCAUUGUUUUGCUGACGACAGUGGCAAAGACACAGGGACACAUGAACAACUCUUCUGUGAGCUGCAAGCUUCUCCAGUUCAUCCACUACUAUCUGCUGAGCUGCAACUACUUCUGGAUGCUCUGCGAGGGGAUCUACCUGCACACUCUCAUCGUUGUGGCUGUGUUUGCAGAAAAACAACAUCUCAUAUGGUAUUAUCUGCUGGGGUGGGGUUUUCCACUCGUGCCAGCAGUGAUACAUUCAAUAGCACGCCAAUGCUACUACAACGACAACUGCUGGGUCAGCUCAGAUACCUCCUUGCUGUACAUUAUCCACGGCCCCAUCUGCGCUGCACUGGUGGUGAACCUUUUCUUCCUGCUGAACAUCGUCCGUGUCCUCAUCACCAAGCUGAGAGUGACGCACCAGGCCGAGUCCAGCCUUUACAUGAGGGCUGUGAGGGCCACGCUCAUCCUCAUCCCUCUGCUUGGUAUCCAGUUUGUCCUGUUCCCCUACAAGCCCCGUGAACACUGGGUGUAUGAGAUCUACCUGUACGUCAUGGACAUCCUCAUGCAUUACCAGGGUCUCUUGGUUUCUACAAUAUUCUGUUUCUUCAACGGGGAGGUCCAGAGUGUUCUGCGGAGACACUGGAAUCAGCAGCGGAUGCAGUUCGCCGGCACCUUCGCCAACGCUGACUUCUUCCGCUCGGCCUCCUAUGUGGCGUCCUCACUCACCGAGGUCCACCGCUGCUACAGUAUCGAAAGCCACACCGAGCACAUGAACGGGAAGAGCUACUCGGACAUAUUCAGAUCGGACAGCCCCUUCGUGUGAAGGUGCUUUUUAUUUUUCUUUGUUUUUGACUCCUUCCAAGAUGUUACGAAGAUUGAUUGACUGUCCAUGACAACUGAGUACUCUUGAUGUUUUUCCAUUUCCCAGCUGAAAAAAAAAACACUUAAAAAAAAACCCCUUUUUUCACAAAUAUCACCAAAACAGAAGGAGCUUGAGACAAAUAUUCAAAGGGGGCUGUUGCCAGAUAUGAGGAACCGGCCUCAUGAACCAACCAGCCUCAAUAUACAGCAUUGAUACAAGGAAUUCAUGUUUUUCUUUUUCUCUUUCCUUGUUUUUUUUUUUUUUUGCAUCGUGUGGAAUAAACUUGAAGAGCACUCGAUGAGACGGUUACGAUCUUGCAAAGAGAAAAGUUAUGAUUGUCCGGGCACAUAACUCUGCAGCAGAACUUCUUUGCAGGCAGAAAUAAUCUCUUUUAUGACGCAGACUGUAUUGGGCAAGGGUCAGGGUCACAUUUGUGUGGAGUUAGCUAAAUGCUAAACUGAAAUACAAAAGAAGACCCACAUCAUGCCUUCAAGAAAGUAAAAAAAAAAAAAAAAAAAGAUUUCUGUGGUUAUUACUAUAAAAAUGGACGUUUAAUGCAAAAAAAAAAAACCCUACAAAAAACAAAAGUAAAAGUACAAUUACAGACACAAAAUAAAUAGCUUGCUAUGCUAAAUGCUAUCUCUGUGUUAGCCACUUUUGAAUUGAAUUCUGUAUUUAUGAGUAAUGUCCUCUUUGCUAAGUUAAACAAAUAAUGAGGUUAACAUACAGUUUUAUCAGAAACAUAAGCUUACGUUGUUUGGCUUAGCAAUAGCUACAUUACCUUUUAAGUUAAUAAUUUGUUAGGCUUCGCUGUUUUUCACUUCAUAUCUGAUUAUUCCAAAAUGCUGGAGAGAUGAUUGUGAGAGAGAACAGGGAGUGAAAAGUUUGUACAUUUAUUUGAUUGUGUGUGGAUAUGACACAUAUCUAGGCACAGGAUAAAAACUACUACUAUUUAGGCUGCCAUUAGUGUACUUUAGUGUAUUUUUCCAGUCAGUUAGGAACACGUCAUUGUAAGUCACGUAGUCAAGUCCAGAAACCACAGCUUGUUUUUAGAUUAGAUUCUGCACAGAUUUUAGUGUCCAGGAAACAAAUUCAGCAGGAACUGACUUGUACUGAUUCCCUGAUUUGACACUUUAUAUUGAUAAUUAUUUCACUAGCACCAUUACUGUCACGAACCUCCUCUAAUUCUGCAGUAUAUGUGAUAUAAGUUAGAGAUGAGUGUGAGUAUCUCUCCUGUCAGGACCCUCACAAGUGAAGAGCUGCUGGUUUCAGCCUUCAAACACAGGAACUACAGACCAGUCCCUUCUGCAGAACUAACUUAUUGUAAUGUUAUAAAUCACCCAAAAUCGUUUAAAAAUCACAGAAUAGUUUGACAGUUUGGGAAAUGCACUUAUUUGGUUUCUUGCUGAGAGGAGAUUGCAGGAAAAUGAAAAGGCAUUAUUGUGUAAGCUCAUUUCUGGUAAUAUGAUGGGAAAAAAAGAAUCUGUAAGUCAUUAUAAUGAGUUAGUAUCCCAAAAUAAUGACUUAAGGUGUCAAAAAAAAUCAUAAACAUAGAUACUAAGUCAUUAUUUUGAUAAAGUUUCUCAUUAUAAUGACUUACAGGACCUUAGUGGAAACAUUAUCACCCAAAAACUAUUCCUUUAAAUGUGCAACACUGAACCCUAUUUAAACCCUAAAUUAAAACAUGCUUAAAUGCUUGGUAUACUGAUUUUCUGCUAGUUAAAAUACUGUAUGUGUACAGAAGUAUUUUUAUUGACAGAGGAAACUCUCUCGAUAUCACAGGUAUUGUGUUUUGCUAUUAAAUUAACCCUGGAUGUGCUCAGUCAUGGGUACACAGUCAGAUAUUUACUGUAUGUUACACUGGACAUAGCUACACACUGUAUGUGUCUUGUUGGUGGCGUUUAUCUCUUGAAGCAAUAGUUUGAGAUUUAGGGAUUAAAAUAUUAUAAGUUCAAGGGUUCACUUACUAGCUUUCCUUAUUCCACUUCCUUCCUCAGCAAAUGGAACCACAGUAUAUUUUCCACAAUGUCGAGAAUGAACCCUCAUGUUAAAACAUAUGUAUAUAAAACACAGAUGUGUGUUUCCCGAGGUUGGAUCUCAUUUUUGUACAAUAGUUUUUAUCAUUAAAUCCUGACAUUGCUUGUUUAUACUGUAGUAAUAAUGCUGUAAAUAAACGAUAAGGUGUUUUUAACUGA